GUUAUUACAUUUUGUAUAAAUUAGUAUAUCUUAAGUCCGUGUCAAUGAUAGUUUUAUCAGCUAGUGCAAGCUCCUUAUCUCUAGCCUUCGUGGGCGGAACUAAUGAACCACAGCUGAUAACCACGAUAGGUUUAUUAGAUAACCGGGGUUUCACGUAGGUCACCAGUUUAAUGUAUUACACGUUACCACGAUUAGAUUACGUAAAUGCCCGCACGACGCAUAAAAUUGUCAAAACUGCCGGUAAAAUUCUUUUGUUACGUAACAAUCUUUCAAAGCUUCAAUCCCGGACUCGAAGCACAAUCUUCGGCCAUUGUUAUAUUCUGUGGCAGUGUUGCACAGCAAAUCUUUUAUCAUACGAUAUCGUAUAUAGUAUUAUCCAUUUUGGUACGGUCAUUACUCUCACUAUUCAAUACUAUUAGACUAGUAGACUUGUUCAUGUUCGCCGAGGAUCAACCAUCAACGUCAGGGUUAUAGGUACCCGCAUCAUUAUUUAUAUCAUCAAAAACACAAUUCAAUAGCAUCGUCCUCGAUUGGUACCAUCACUGAUUUGAAACCACGAUAAAAAAAGGUGUGAGUAUGUUAGAUAAUAUGUCGGUAAACGAAAUGGAUGUCUUACAGACUUCAUCAUAUUGUGAAAGUGAUUUAAAGCAAGUACUGAAAUCCAAUGCAUCUGAACCAACUAAUUUUAGAAAUAGCUAUCACCCUGUUAAAAUACUUGAAGGAUUACAAUCUUUACGCAAAAAUAAAGUUUUAUGUGAUAUUAAAUUGGAAACAGAUGAUGGAACAAUAGUAUUCGGACAUAAAAAUAUUUUAGUAGCAGCUAGCCCAUAUUUUUGUUCAAUGUUUAGUACUUUUAAUGAGAGUGAUAAAGAUAUAGUUAAUAUGAGAGAAUUUGAUUCUCACGUCUUGCAACUAUUAUUAGAUUAUAUAUACACUGGUGAAAUUAUGGUUACAAAGGAAAAUGUACAGGUUUUGUUAUCAGCUGCAAAUAUCCUACAAUUAGACUAUGUAAAAAUUAUAUGUGCUGAGUUCUUACAAACACAACUGGAACCUUCAAAUUGUAUUGGUAUCAAAGCAUUUGCUGAUUUACAUAACUGCACAAAAUUGAUGUCAAGUUCUGAAGCAUUCAUUCAUAAAAAGUUUUUAGAAGUGGUUAAAUGUGAUGAGUUCCUAUAUUUAUCUUGUGAAAAAGUAAUUCAGCUUAUCUCCUGUGAUGACCUUGCUGUUCCAUUUGAAGAAAAAGUAUUUGAAUGUGUUAUUAAUUGGGUAAAAUAUGAUUUGAAUUCGAGAAAAGAUUUUUUGCCAGAAUUAAUGGAACAUAUACGUUUGCCAUUAAUAGCAUCAAAGCCAGAUAUAUUAAAAAAUAUAGCUGAAGAGCCUCUUCUUAAAAAUAAUCCAAAAUGUAAAUGUUAUUUUCAUAAAUACGUUAUCAUUAUAAAUAUAAUAUGUGUUUUAUUUAUUAUUAUUAUACUUUAUUCAGGUAACAAAUUUGUAUUAGAAGCUUCAAGUUUUCAUCUACAAAAGUCAGUUCAGCAUUUCACCAUUUCUCAUUCGGUUCGGUAUAAACCUAGACAGUUUGGUGGCUUAAAAAAAGUCAUUCUUAUGUUCUACUGGUUUGACACAUUUCCAAAGUGUUAUACAGAAUGGUAUGACCCAGCAACCAACAUACGGAGAAGUGCACCAGAAAUGAAUGAUUGUCGUAGGAAAGCGGGUGUAGGGGUCAUAAGAGAUCAAUUUGUUUUUGUUAUAGGAGGAGUGAAUAGCUCAAGUUCUAAAUAUGUUAGUAUGCUUGAUGUAUUUUCACCCUUGCCAUGUUGGAUACCGAUGGUCAACAUGUUGGUUAGUCGAGCCUAUUUAGGAGUUGGUAUAUUAGACGAUAAUAUAUAUGCAGUUGGUGGAUUUAAUGGUUUUGUUCCAGUAAAUAAUGCUGAGGUGUUUGAUAUCAAUAUUCAAAAAUGGAAAAUGAUAGCUAGUAUGACUACUAAUAGAAGCCUUUUUGGUAUUGGUGUACUAAAUGGUCGUUUAUAUGCGGUAGGAGGUUUUGAUGGCUAUGAUAGUUUGAAGUCUGUUGAAAGUUAUGAACCCUCACUUGACACAUGGACACCAGUUGGAGAACUAUCUGUAUGCCGUGAUAGUUUUAGUAUUGGGGUCAUGGACGGAGUUAUGUAUGCUAUCGGUGGCAUUGAUGGAUCUGAGAAUCUUAAAAGUGUCGAGGCGUAUAGACCAAGUGAUGGAGUAUGGUAUUUUAUUGCUGAUAUGCAUUUGUGUCGAAAGAAUUCUGGGGUAGUGGUAUUAGAUGGUUUAUUAUAUGUUAUUGGCGGAGAAUCUGAAGAAUCAGUUGUCAAUACUAUAGAAGUGUACAACCCUAAAACCAAUACCUGGUCCAUGGGAACAUUGCCAAGAAAUGACAUUGAUGUCACUGAUGCCAAAGUUUAUAGUGGAGUAGUCAUUAAUAGACCACCACAUUUUAUUACUAAUUAACAUAUUAUACUAUAAUGUUCUCGUUAUAAUACACAUUAAUUUAUUCUAUACAUUUUUUAAAAUUUCAAUUUAAAGUUCAAUUUAAAGUUUUUUGUUUAAUUUAAUAUUUUAAUUUUGUAUUGUAUUCAAAUUUAAUAAAUACACUAUAAUAUAUUCAGUAGGUAUGUUCAUAACAGUAUAUAAUCAUUUUUAUUUAUUAUAUCAAUUUUUUAUUUUGUGAAUGUUCAAUUUAAAGUUAUUUGUUUAAUUUAAUAUUUUAAUUUUGUAUUGUAUUCAAAUUUAAU